GUGCUCAUAGUUUGAAACUGAAAGGAGUAACUCCGUCAUUCGGUCAGCAAAUUUGUUAUUCCUACUUGAGAUUAAGGUCGGCGUCUAUCUUAAUCCCAGCGUCUACAAAAUUUUGUCUUCAGAUUUUUAGUUGAUUUAACUCAAAGUUGUUCCCUCCGGCGAAAUCCCCGAGAAAAGCCCUGAGCUACAUUUAGGUGCGAGAUUGGCUUUCCACGCUCUUCGUCAGGUGUGGUGUCGAAGGUGAAAGUUGAGGCCGACGUAAGACCUGUGACGAUGUUUAAUGAUGAAUAUGUUGUAAAACCUCUCUAGACUGCUACAAAAUUAUCUCACGAUUCUGGUAGACCUACUAGGACAGGGCUGAUAUAGAGAUGGACUGUAUAGCCCUGGAUGGACAGCUCUACGGGUGGGAGGACACUGACAUGCGGAUAUUGUGUAAUCUAGGGCAUGGGACACAUGGAGCUGUAGAGAAGGUUCACCACAGGCCAAGUAAUGCUGUCAUGGCUCUCAAGCGAAUUCCAUUGACUGUGAACAAGACAGAACAGAAGAAGUUAGUGAUUGAUCUGGACACAGCGAUGAAAUCUGGCAAAUGUUCUCACAUAGUGCAGUAUUACGGAGCGGUCAUUGGAGAGGGAGUUGUGUGGCUGUGUAUGGAAGUGAUGGACACUUCAUUAGCACACUUGUGUGAUAUAGUGUACAAGGAAACGAAAUCAUCCAUACCAGAGAAUGUCUUAGGCAAAAUAGCAAUUUCUGUGGUUAAAGGCCUACAUUAUCUCAACUCUACCAUGAAAAUUCCUCACAGAGAUGUGAAACCAUCCAAUAUAUUGGUGAACAGAAAGGGAGAAGUGAAGAUCUGUGAUUUUGGAGUCAGUGGCCAUUUGGUGGAUUCGGUGCAAAAAACGAGGGAAUCAGGGUGUAAACCUUACAUGGCACCAGAAAGAAUCAACCCUGAAUCAGAUGUUUUAAAUAAUGAGUACAGUAUAUGUUCAGACAUUUGGAGUUUUGGUAUAACGAUGGUAGAGCUGGCGACUGGUACAUUUCCCUAUGAAAAAUGGGUAAGCCCUAUUCAGCAGUUACAACAGGUUGUCGACGGAGACCCACCCAGGCUACCACCAGACAAAUUCUCAAAAGAUAUCGAGGAUUUUGUUGCCAAAAUGUUAACAAAAAAAGUUGAACAGAGGGCUACCUGUGUUGACUUAUUGGAGCAUCCAUUUGUGAAGAAAUAUGAAGAAGAGGAUGUGGAUAUGGCUGGUUAUUUCUCAACUGUUAUGGAGAAGCAGUGUGACUUAAAUGAAAAUGUGCAAGGUCACUGACAUUAGGAGAGGUCAAAUAUUGUACCAUAUUAUACAGGAUAUUGUGUAAUGCAAAAUAUCAUUCAUUGUGUAAUGAAAAAAUCAAUCACUAAAGCCGUUAUCGAAUUUUACAAAAUCUGUUAGGAUGUUUGUUUUUUGUUGGCAUGAUCAUCUGUGUCUUCAAAAUGACUUUUUCUGUUACCAUGGAAUAUGUGCUAUGAGCUUACAUGAUGGCAUUGUGUUUUGUGAUAGUCUCAUUUUUUCUAGUAGACAGUGUACAUGUUUAAUGAUAAAGUUUUGCGAGAAAUCUAGCAUUUCAUGUUAUAAACUUUUCCCAUGUUUUUGUAAUGUAUGCAAUGUGUGGGCUCUGUGAUAUUAAAUCUGUUAUUUUUGCACUACGGCUUGUGUGCAUUUGCCACUGUUAGAUGUACAUUUAAUUUAACAUUAUGAUGUGUGUGUGGGUAGAAGGAUAUUAUAUGUCAACUUGUGUAUAUUUUGUGAUGUAAUGCGUGCCUGCAGAGGUGAGGUGUCUAACAUGGCUGACUCCAGAUCUGCAGCUCUUGUACAUCCAUAUAUACAUGUAACUGAAUAUCGCUAGGUUUUGUUUUGUUGACAUAUACAUGGGUGUCCCAGAUGAACCACUGGAAGGUGUAUAUACACAUGUACCUGGCAACAUUAUAUACCCAGAUGAAUCAACCAUUUUGUCUUUGUAUUUUUCGCAUAAGAAUAAAAAUCUCCUUCCCUCUGAGAGGCAAUAUUUUUAACAGUGUUUUAUGCUCAGAAAAAUGGUUAAUGUGUACAUCAUGUAUGUACAUUCAUGUGGACUGUUAAAUCCACAGACUUGUCUCUCACGCAGAGGAUAUAAAUAUGUGAACAUGUAAAUACUUUGUGUGUCUUGUUGGACCUGAAAACUGCACUGUUUGUCUGUCUGUCAGUGAUUGUACAUGUAUGUAUUAGUUUAUCAUUAGUUUUUUCAUGUGCACAUGCAAAUGUUUAUCUGUAAUUUUAUUUUGUGUGUUUCAUGACAAAUUCCAGUUCAGCACAUGUUAGUAAGCCAAUUAUUUUGAGGUAGGUUCUUAGAAGCUAUCGUAGAGUUCAUUGUUUUGGUAAAUGGAAAUCAGUAGUAGGGCCAGGAAACAUGACUGGUUGGCCUGAUGUCAGUACAAUAUGACUGGGUGGGGUGUCAUGUCUGGUGUCUUUGGCAUGAUACUUCAGUGACGGCUACACUUUGGUGGCAUGGACUUGCCCUCCCACAAGAAGACACAGCAUAUGCACACAGACAUAAUGACUCCUCGUCAUCAUAUGACUGAAAAAUUGCUAAGUAUGAGGUUUAAUUCUGUAUGAGAAUAUUAAAGUCUUUGCAUUAUUUGUGGGUGUGCUAUCAAGGUCAAAUGGUUGGAGAUUUUACAGACAGAGAGAAGGCAAUAAAACUUCCAGUAGCUAGGUGGCUUAUGAAUAUUAAUAUUAUGUGUAUGCCAGUGUCGUUAAAAGGAAAAUUCAAUAUUUUUGUAUAGUGAAAAUUCAUAUAUUUAUUUAUUUCACUGUUGUUUAAUGCAAUAUUCAAGAAAUGUGCACUUUAUAUACAAUGGUGGCCAGUGUGGUGGGCGUAGGAAACUGAAUUGCCUGGAGUAAACCACCAACCUUUGGCAAGUUGUUUUAGUAGAAGGCAAGUGACCUCCAGUAAGUAUUAAAUGCAAUGAAGGCUUUUAUUAACCAUUUCAAUCACAGCCUUCACCUUUUAUAACAUAUACAGGAAUUAAAGGAAAAGAAAAUUUAUAUAUCAGUCAAAUAGCAUUGAAAAGAUUAUGCAUUUCGUUGCAGGUGCAUACCAUAAAAAAUUCUAAUAUGUACCUGAAGUUCAUAAAUUAUAAAUAAAGUCAUCGCCAUCAUCAGCUGUGGGCAACUGCAUUUUGCCUAAGAACUAGUCCUGAAGUCUUCUAUACUAGGAGAAUUGCCAUCUGAACCCGCCGAAGUGCAGUUCGUACAUUUCCGGUAGAACUCUUCUACCCAGAAGGUAGUGAACAGUACAGUUCAUUUUCCUCUUAACGAUUGGAAAACUGGAAUGUUGGACGUAGGUUCCGAGUUUACACGAACAAGCAAGCAGUUUUAAUGACUCUCAUUGGCUGAGAGGCAACACACCCCCAACAUAAAUUACAGGGUGUUAAAGAUGGAUGACGCGAUGGACUCAGCAAUUUAUGCCAGCUUUGCCGUUUUCAGGCAAGUAUGGUGAGGAAAAAUCACAAAAUUAUUCAGGAGGCACCACCAGAUAGAAAAAAAUGUGCUCUUUUCAGCCUAUAGUGUCAUUUUUUAAAGUUUUCUUUCCCUUUAAUGUACUGACUGUGAGAUUGUAAAUUCUUAUUUUUUUAAAAAUAGUUUUGUAGUGAUUGUUGUAUAUAAUAUUUUUUUAAGACAUGUUCAGAUUGUUGUAAAUAAUAUUUUUUCAAAACAAGAUGUUCAUAGGCCUUCCUCUUAUUUAUAUUAUUAUAUCUUUGCUGAGUACGUGUUUUAAAUCAGAACAUGCAACCGUGACAAACUGACUUCAGGCAGACGUAGAUCAAUGGAACUGGGUACAACUGGAGCCUUUUUUGUUCAUAACCACAGAAUCGCCGAGUUUAAGAGCACAUGUUCUUGGAGCAAGUUGCAACGUUUCCCAUGACAUGGUAUUGUGCAUCCUAGUCAAAUCAAACUUUUUGAUAUUAAAAUUUUUGGAGGUAAACAUUACAGUAGUGACUGUUAACUGUUAAAUAAAAAAGGGUCAUUGAUUAAGGCCUUGACCAAAAGGGGAAUUUUUAGAAGGGGAAGUUCUGAAUCAUUUUGCCCAGUGUUAA